AUGAAGCCGCCCCAGUCGGGACCAACGAACGGUGACGUUCGGAGUCUGUCGUCUAGGACGAACAAUAUCCCCACCCCGAAAUAUCUUCUUCCGAUCCCGUUGCGCACUUUUCCACUGCCAACAUUCUACCCCAGCAACCCAGUGUCGCUGUUGCACUUGGCUAUUGCGUGGGUUCGACAGAUCGUGUACCCGCCCGCUGUCGAGCCAUCCAUCGUCCACGAGGGUGUUUGGUCGCCUGAAACUCGUUCUGUGCACGUCACGGACUCAACGUCUAUGAGCGACUUGUGGUGCCAAGGUUUCUUUGGGAAAGGCUCUCUCAGCCGGAGCGAACCAAGCUGGCUACAGCGGCAACUUGGCGAAACCAGUGAACAACGCACGGCUAAACGUCGCGAGGAGCGAGCCAGCACAAAAUGGGAACGUGGCCGGUCCGAGCUGGAAGCUCUCGAGCGGAAACGCUACGAAGAAGAGGUUGCUGCAACAGCUGCACUUGCACUUCAGCGACAAAAAGAACAACCGACCGUUCUCAAACAGGAGGAGGAAACGCCUACCAUCCCUAGUCACGCCGACAAAAGCAUCCCAAAGGAGAGCCUGGGCUCCACAUUCAAAGCUCCAGUGGGCCCGUUAGAACUUUUGGCACUGCCAAACUCACAGGCAGACUUGGUCCAGGCAUUGUUGGUAAAGCCUGGCAACGAAGACCCAUCAAACGGUUGUGUUGCAAGGCCUUUGUUCCGGCCACCAGUUGGCCCCCUCGAGCUGCUGGCCCUCCCAAAUUCGGCGGCGGACUACCUCAAGGCGUUUCCUCCCAAAGCAAAGCUCAGUAGGCCACAUCCGGCUGCCACAGAGUCCUGUGAACCUUUUCAGUCGUGCAGUCAGCAGCCGUAUCAGAACGGCAGGUCCUCUCUGAAGGGCACUCCGGCCAAUGGUACUGGAGCCAGUGUGAAUGGCGCCUCUAUCGAGCCUAUCUCCCCAGAACAGAAAGAGGAAGGAUGCAGCGGCAAUGCCAUCGACGGGGAGCUUAGUGACACACUCACACUGAAGCGUCAGAAAAAUGUCCGAUUUGCUGCGAACGUCGAAUCCACGACGUUCCAGUGCUCGGAUCCGCCCAGUCCAAACCACAUCCCGUCAGCAACGUCUGCCAAGCAGGUUAGUAGUGGUCAGGCAAUGAAUGGGAAUUCAGGAGCACCGGCAGACAACGGUGUUGCAAAGUGUACUGCCCCCUCGCCGACAGAACAGUCUCCGCGCGAUGCAGACAAGAAAAAGAGCGAAGCAUUAACAAAAGGGAUGGAGCUGCCUAUGGCGAACAAGGAGCAUCUCCAGCUGUCUGCGGAAGAGGCCUUUUUUCUCGCUUACGGCCUGGGUGCCCUGGUCGUUACCGAUCCCGAGACCAAGAAACCCUUGACGACGGCAGAGCUGUUUUCGUUGUGCCGGCAAUUUUCGUAUUUUCCACCUCGGACGCCGAACGCGCUGUCUACAGACGACCCGUUCUUAGUACAUUACGCCGUGUACCACCACUUCCGGUCACUCGGGUGGGUGCCGCGUCACGGCAUCAAAUUCGGUGUGGACUGGCUGCUGUACGGCAAGGGUCCGGCGCUUGACCACGCCGAGUUUGGCGUCAUCGUCAUGCCGUCGUAUUCAGAUGCCUGGUGGAAAGCCAACGGUCGGGAGGCGCCGCGCAAGUCAUGGCACUGGCUGCACAGUGUUAACCGUGUUCUGUCCACCGUAUUCAAGAGUCUUGUGCUUGUCUACGUGGACGUGCCUCCGCCGUCGGCGGUUGGCGAUAGCGCAUCGGACCUUCUGCAGCGGUUUCAAAUUCGGGAAGUUAUGGUUCGGCGAUGCCAUCACACCUCUUUCGUCCAAGAUAUUCCCCCAUUUGAGACGACUACGCCGAGACGGUCGAUAAUGGCACCUUAUUUCCUAUUGCACGACGAUAACGACGACCCCGGGCCGUACUGGAGCGUCGUGCUUCACGUCAUAGCCGUCUUCACCUUCGGCUCAAUUCUGUACCUGGCUCGGGAGGCGAAACGGAAGCAGCAGGAGCUGGACCGGCUGAACAGACUGGCCAUGUCACAGUCGCCGUCACGCUACACCGACGACAAGGACAAGCAGCUCGUCCAGCCACCAGAACCGGAAACUCCUCGUGCUCCUCCUCUCUUCCUCCUCGUUGGCGACUCCACCACGGCCGCCCAAUCUGCUGGUGGCGGUGGCUGGGGCACCGGCUUCCUGUCGCUGCUGGCCCGUGGAGCACACGGCAUCAAUUACGGCCGCAACGGCGCCACCACCCGUGACUACAUCAAGUAUGGCAUCUGGGACGAGGUACUCGACCAAGUGUGCCAGGCCGUGCCCACAUCUCCUGUGCACGUGACCAUUCAGUUUGGCCACAACGACCAGAUGCCCUCUCGCGGCGUCUCCCUCGACGACUACCGCCAGCUCCUCGUUCGCAUGGCCCGCGAUGUCCUCGACGCCGGCGGCAUCCCCAUCCUUCUGAGCCCGCUCACCCGCCGCGACUUUGACGCCGACGGCGCCGUCGUCGACAACCUGCGCGAAUACCGUCUCGCCACCCAUACGGCCUUCCAAGAGGUCUCCAGCUCCCUCAGCUCGGCCGACGGUGGCCUGCGUCCCCGCUUCUGCGAUCUCAAUGCGGCCAGUCUCGCCUAUGUCGCCGCCCUCGGCAGCGAUGCCGCCCAACAGUAUAACCUCACCGACGGCGACACCACGCACCUCAGCCUUCACGGCAGCACCGUCUUCGGUCGCAUGGUCGCUGACCUGCUUCUGGGUCACCCGCCCGCUCUGGUCAAGUCUGGUCACCGCGACAAGUGGGCUCCCGGCAGCCCCAAAAACGACGACGGCGGCAUCGCCGACUGGAUCAAGCCCAGCCCGCUGUUGUCCGGUCAGAUCUGGCAUGGCCUGCCAGCUUAG